AUGUCGUUUCAACAACGUCUGACAACCGCUUUGAACAGUAUCCAGGCUGAGGCCAGCAAGUCCCAGUUUUUGGGCCGCCUUGAGCAGCAGACCGGUGUUUCAAAAUCGUACCAGCUGGGCGGCUUUGCUGGUGUCUACCUGCUUAUGGUCUUUCUGAACGUUGGCGGCAUUGGCCAGCUGUUUGCCAAUCUUGCCGCUGUUGCUUUGCCCGGUUAUUACAGUCUCAAGGCGUUGGAGACUCCCGGUACCCGUGACGACACUCAGUUUUUGACUUACUGGGUUGUUUACGCUGCCCUGAGCAUCCUUGAGUUCUGGUCCUCCUUCAUUCUGUACUGGAUUCCCUUCUACUGGUUCUUCAAAACCAUUAUCUUUUUGUACCUGGGAUUGCCUCAUUUCAAUGGCUCCCAGAUGGUCUACGAGAAUGUCUUGCGUCCUUUCUCUGUCAAGGUUCUGGGCAUUCGUCCUAACGCGGCCGAGAAUUUGCGUGAGAAGGCCUCUGCCACUACCACUGGUGCUCGUUAA